AUGCGGAGACGCUGCGCCUCCACCCGGCAGUGCCGCUGCUGCUGCCAAGGGAGACCCUGCGGCACGUCGGCAUCUGCGGCUACGACGUGCCGGCCAGGACGAGGGUCCUGGGGAACGCGUGGGCCAUCGGCAGGGACCCCGCGAGCUGGGGGGGGCGCCGACGCCGAGGAGUUCGACCCGGGCAGGUUCGAGAGGAAGGAGGACGACGGCGUGGGCUUCGGCGGCACGCACUUCGAGCUGCUGCCCUUCGGCGCCGGCCGCAGGAUGUGCCCCGGGAUGGCCCUGGGAGUUGCUACGGUGGAGUUCACGCUGGCCAACCUGCUCUACUGCUUCGACUGGGAGCUCCCGGAGGGGGUGAGGCCCGAGGACGUGAGCAUGGAGGAGGCCGGAGGGCUCACGGUCCACAAGAGGACGCCGCUCCUGCUCGUGCCCACAAGAUACUACAAGAGUGCCGUGCCGGCCGCUGCUUAGCUCAUGCAUCAUCAUCUCGAUAGACCAAUGUUGUAAUAUAUAAUUGGUUAGGUAAUUAUUUGCAAGUAAAUAAUUAAGCAGCACACCUUAGUUUACUGUAUGUGGUUCAAUCUAGCUAGCUAAUUCAAUAUGAUGGGUUGAAAAGAAAAUUGCACCUUAAUUUAUAAUUUAUUAAUGUCUCUCUUGCAUUGUCCUCCCUGCAGCUAAUAUGUAUGAAAGGAGGCUGCUUGCAGAAUAUUGGAAGCAUGCAGCAUCCAGGUAGCAGUAGCAGUGAGAUUAUAUUCCUUGCCUUCUCCAUGCAGGACGCAGCCCCCUGUGACGUCAGGGUGCAGUCGCCGUCCUGCAAAUCCGGUACACCGUGCAUCCGGGCGGCGGCGAAGGCACCGUCAGCUGCUACUAAUAUAAUACCACCACUGCUGCAUAACACCACGUCGAUCUUUAGCAUUUAUAUUUAUCACGGCC